UUUGAUGACUGGAUAUAAAUAAUUCAGAUUAUAUAUCGGACAUCACGGAUAAAAAAUCAUCAUAUCAUCGUUUUAGGAAAGCUAUAUCAGAGGGGAAAACUAAACACGAUUAUAAUUUGAAUAAAGAAACGAAACAGGCAAGGAAUACAAUAUAGGGAUGAAACAAAUCAAAUGCGUUGCCGUUGGAGAUGAGUGCGUGGGAAAAACUUGUCUUCUGAAGACAUAUGUGGACAACUGCUUCCCUGACGUCACUUAUGGCACUGUCCUCGACGAAUACAAGGCGGUGAAAUCGGUGGAUGACUCUGACUACAAGAUGAACCUGUUUGACACGGCGGGUGCGGCAGACUACGACCGCCUCCGCCCCCUCUCUUACCCCAUGACGGACGUCAUCCUCCUUUGUUUUUCUCUUAUUUCUAAGUCAUCAUAUGAAAGCGUCCCUUCAAAGUGGGUACCGGAAGUGCGCUAUCAUUGUACAGGCACUCCGAUAAUUUUAGUUGGCACCAAAGUUGACGCCCGCGAAACAUUCUCAGACCGGAGUAAAAAAGUGACGUACCAGCAAGGUCGACAGUUAAAGGAACUGGUCGGAGCGAGGUAUUACGUGGAAUGCUCGGCCCUGACAAAGAUGGGCAUAGUCGAGGUAUUUCAAGACGCUGUGCGUGCAGCAAUCACACCGCCAGUAAAACGACGUGGAAACGACCGUUGUAAAUUACUUUGACUGCAGAUCAAAAAUGUUUGAUAAUUACAUGUGUAAUUGGUGUAGUUGACAACAAUGAAAGUCUAAUUGAUAUGUGUAACUGAUGCAUUUUAAUCUGGCAACUAUAUACUUUGAUAUUGAUAUAUAUAUAUAUAUAGUUAAACUUGAUAAUCAGAUUUUCUGAACUUAUAAAUGUCACUACUUUAUCACUGUCAUAAUUCUUAUCUAAAAUGCUGACCAGGUUUAGUGUAGGAACAUGACAUUUAUUUCCCAUUCUUUGUAUUGUUGUGUACCCUGAAAUUGAUGCCAUGCACAUCAUUUUCCUAUUCUUUUCUAUGUUAUGAUUAUAUAUCAACUGUAUAUGUAUGUAUUAUAUGUUAUAAAUAUGUUAUGUUAUCCAUUGUUGGAGGAAUAAAAGAAUCUAUCUAUAUAUCUAUUUAAUGCAAUCUAUGAUACAUGUAGAUAUAUUUUGAUAUGUAAACGUUAAACAAAAUACAUUUGAAGUUUUAAAUUAAAAAAACAUACCUAAUUACCAAACUCAAACUUUCCAUCUGACAGUGUCAACAAUGAACUGCAUAUAGUUUCUUUGCAUUGUAAUUUGAGGCAAAGAUAUUUGUGUUUACCUUAUAAAUAAUGCUUGAGGACAGAAUUACAAUGAAUUGUACGUUAUGGCUUAGAGACUUUCAAGC